AUGAAAUUCAUCAGUAAGUUUAUGAUGAUAAAGCUUAGGUUGGUUUUGAGCAUAACAGAAGCCAUACGCCCUAUAUAUAGGAAAACGUCUUCGUACUUGAACGAUCUGCAUAUGAGGAUAAAAAUUGAAUUCUCUACAUCGUUGUGCUUCCAGACUUUUCACAAAUGGCCAAUGAAUGAAGGCCAAGCUACCAAGUCGAAACGAAAAUGGGGUGCCCUGAAGCUUUUGCCAUUUGUCAUAAAUUAUCAUACGGUACAAUUCUACAACAAGAUUCAGGCUUCAAGCUUCUGUUUGGUUAGUUUACUCUUCGAUGCCAGAACACAAAAGAGCGCUUAUUAA